UGGGAGUUGGGGGUGGGGGGCGCUCCGGGACCGGCGACGUGCGAUCCCUGCAGGACCGCGGUGAUCCCUGCAAGUUUGUUGUUCCGCACCAGUGCGCGUGGCCUGCAGUUGAGGAACUCAGUCAGGCGGAGAAGACGCGACAUCUGCUUUUCCAGCGCCGAAGCCCCCUCCCCCAUCUCUACGGCGUCGGAAAAGUUCGAAAUCACAGACUAAAAGAUGCCCAUAGCCACACCCCCGAGGUGACCACGGGUCACUAUUGAUUGAAGGGUAUUGUUCCAGAUGUUUUUUGAUGCCCGAGGAUGGUCUUCAUAUUACCCUCUACAAUCCCUUCUAAGUGGUUAUCAGUGCAGCUGUAAUGAUGAGCACACAUCUUACGGAGAAACAGGAGUCCCUGUUCCUCCAUUUGGAUGCACUUUCUGUACAGCUCCCGGUAUGGAGCAUAUUUUAGCAGUUGCCAAUGAAGAAGGCUUCGUCAGGUUAUAUAACACAGAAUCACAAAUUAGCAAAAAGACAUGCUUCAAGGAGUGGAUGGCUCACUGGAAUGCUGUCUUUGACCUGGCCUGGGUACCCGGUGAACUUAAACUUGUUACAGCAGCAGGUGAUCAAACAGCCAAAUUUUGGGAUGUGAAAGCUGGUGAGUUGAUGGGAACAUGCAAAGGUCAUCAGUGCAGCCUCAAGUCUGUAGCUUUUUCCAAGUUUCAAAAAGCUGUCUUCUGUACGGGUGGGAGAGAUGGCAACAUUAUGAUCUGGGACACCAGGUGCAACAAAAAAGAUGGAUUUUAUAGACAGGUGAAUCAGAUCAGCGGAGCUCACAAUACUGCAGACAAGCAAACCCCUUCCAAACCAAAGAAGAAACAAAAUUCCAAAGGACUUGCUCCUUCUGUGGAUUCCCAACAGAGUGUUACUGUGGUCCUCUUUCAGGAUGAGAACACGUUAGUCUCAGCAGGAGCUGUGGAUGGGAUAAUCAAGGUAUGGGAUUUACGCAAGAAUUACACUACUUAUCGACAAGAACCCAUAGCAUCCAAGUCUUUCCUAUACCCAGGUACCAGCACUCGAAAACUAGGUUAUUCAAGUUUGGUUUUAGAUUCUACUGCCUCUACUUUAUUUGCCAACUGCACAGAUGACAACAUUUAUAUGUUCAACAUGACUGGCUUAAAGAGUUCUCCAGUGGCUGUCUUCAGUGGACACCAGAACUCGACCUUUUAUGUAAAAUCAAGUCUUAGUCCAGAUGACCAGUUUUUAAUCAGUGGUUCAAGUGAUGAGGCUGCCUACAUUUGGAAGGUUUCCAUGCCCUGGCAUCCUCCUACUGUGCUCCUGGGUCAUUCUCAAGAGGUCACGUCUGUGUGCUGGUGUCCCUCGGACUUCACCAAGAUUGCUACCUGCUCUGAUGAUAAUACACUAAAAAUCUGGCGCUUGAAUAGAGGUCUAGAGGAGAAACCAGGAGGCGAUAAACAUUCCAUAGUGGGUUGGACCUCUCAGAAGAAAAAAGAGGCGAAAGCUGGCCUAGUAAUGGUAUCAAGUAGCCAGAGUACUCCUGCCAAAGCCCCCAGAGCCAAGAGCGGUCCGUCCAUUUCCUCUCCGUUGUCAGCAGCUUGUACUCCAAACUGUGCUGGAGACCUCCCUCUUCCUUCAAAUACCCCCACGUUCUUAGUCAAAACCACUCCUGCCAAAACCCGGUCUCCAGUCGGCAGAAGAGGCUCCAUCUCAUCUGUGUCCCCCAAGCCACUCUCAUCUUUCAAGAUGUCUCUUAGAAACUGGGUGACCCGAACACCUUCCUCAUCACCACCCGUCACUCCACCUGCUUCUGAGACAAAGAUCUCAACUCCAAGAAAAGCUCUCAUUCCUGUGAGCCAGAAGUCAUCACAAGCAGAUGCUUGCUCUGAAUCUAGAAAUAGAGUGAAGAGGCGUCUAGACUCAAGCUGUCUGGAGAGUGUGAAACAAAAGUGUGUGAAGAGCUGCAACUGUGUCACUGAGCUUGACGGCCAAGUGGAGAGUCUUCAUUUGGAUCUGUGCUGCCUUUCCAACAACCAGGAAGCCCUUAGCAAGGACUCUGCAGGUCCUCCCAAAUCAAGCCAGAUUGAAGGUGCUGGUACAGGCAUCUCAGAGCCUCCUUCUCCAGUCAGUCCUUAUGCUUCAGAAGGCUGUGGAACACUGCCUCUUCCUUUGAGACCUUGUGGAGAAGGGUCUGAAAUGGUGGGCAAAGAGAAUAGCUCCCCAGAGAAUAAGAACUGGUUGUUGGCCAUGGCAGCCAAACGGAAGGCUGAGAAUUCAUCUCCACGAAGUCCAUCAUCCCAGACACCCAGUUCCAGGAGACAGAGUGGAAAGACGUCACCAGGACCGGUCACCAUUACUCCCAGCUCCAUGAGGAAGAUCUGUACAUACUUUCGUAAAAAGUCCCAAGAUGACUUCUGUAGUCCUGAACACUCAACUGAAUUAUAGAUUCUAAUCUGAAAGUUCACUGAACUUGGGUCUACAAAGAUGGGGGUGAAAAGUGACUUUAUAAUUCUGGUCUUUAAGAAAAUGGUCAUCUUUUCAUUUUGGAAAAUUUAGCAGACCUAGUCAGGUCACACUGUCUAGUGUAGACACAGCUUCCUGGGGUGAAUGCUGUUUCCAUUUCAUAUGAUGGUUUGUCAUCUGUAGCCUUUUCUAGCAGUCUGUGGUAAUGACAUCCAGCUCAUGGAGGCAGAAAGCAAGGCACGCACGCCUCUUGUUAUUCUGAAACUUCUGUAUGGUGGAGUGUGUCCAGGACAGGGCCCGUCUGUGAAGGCAAGUCUGAAGACGUCCUCUAAAGAAGAUGACUUAAGCGAGCAUGGUCUUAUGUGAAAUAUAUCAUCUGUUCACUAUACUUCUGUGUGUGUAUUUUUCAAACUGUAAAAUGUGAUAUUCACAUAAGUACUUUCUUAUUGUUUCCAUGUUAAAAUACAGCAUCUUGAGCUGAGGUCAUGCCUAUUUUAAAUGCAGUGAUUAAUGUCAACUAAGGGAGAAAACAACAGAAAGCUGUGGAGGUCCCAUGGAGUUUGUUUGUUUGUUUGUUUGUUUGUUUGUUUGUUUUGUUUACUAGAUUUCUAUCACGAACCAGCAUUGCUCUUAGGGUGCGGUAGGGGGCUGUUGAGCACUUUGUUGAAAGAGAUGCCUUAUAAAGUCAGUAAUUAUACACUGAAACUAGGGCUUACAUUUAGGUGUAGUUCUCAGUUCUCUGGGGUUUGUGACUUCUUCUAAUGUCAUCAGAUUUUCGAGAUAAAGUAAUUUCUUACUGGUAUUUUUAUAAAAGAUGUUAGCUGUGAACUGAAAAUCCAGAACCUGGAAAAACACCGCUUGGUUUAUUUGUACAAAAGGCUCUAGCUCUCUAGUAUAUUGGUAAGCAAAACCCAGCACUUGACCUGAAUGGCUAGUGAAGAGGGUGUGUCAGCUGACUCUAAACAGUAUGUGAAGUGCUUUAGCCCUUCUCUCCCUUAAAUGCUACCUGUUGGUCCUCAUGAAAUGAGCAUCGUUAUAGCCUCCUUUGGAGGCUCUCGGAAAGAAACUUUAUGAUCAGGGUAGGUGCCCCCUUACAGUUAGGAAAGGGUUUUUUCAAAUCCCUGAGGGCUGGUUAAACUCUAUUUCUAUUGUGAUUGCCGGGUGGUAGUGUCGCACACCUUUAAUCCCAGCACUAGAGGCAGUCAGGUGGAUGGAUCUCUGAGUUCAAGGGCAACCAGGGCUAUUACACAGAAACCCUGUUGGGGGAUGGAGAGGACGAAACUUUAAUUGCUUUGAGGUCAUAAGUUAAGCAGGACUGAAUAAGCAUUGAUUUUUCUCUGAUUUUAUUCAAGAAAAAAAAUAAAGGAAGUCAGAUUAGUCAAAAACCAUACACAUCGCAGCUUUAGCUGAGUGUUGAGGAAUCUGCAGUGAUGUUUGCUUGGUGAGUCUUAGGCAGUAGGGGGUAUUUUUAAUGAUGCAUGCCUGCCAAUAUUGUUGAUAUCUCUUGCUUUGAAAGCCAGUGGUGGUAGUCAGUGAAGCACGCGAUUCGUGUCCACAUCUGGCAGCACUGUGAGGGAAGCUGGGGGAAGUGCUGUCAGAAACUGCGGGCUCUGUCUGCUUGGGAGUCUAGUACCACAGAUGAGUAUCAAAGGUGCUGUGUAACAAGGCAGGAGUUAUCCCUGCCUAUUUUAGUAUCAGACUUGGAGUCACUAAAUAAUAAGCCUUUUUAUCUUGUCUGAUGUUCUUUCCCAAGCUUUUUACACUGACCUAGACGCAAUCCACACAAAAAGGAGUAAUAAUCUGGAGUCCUUUUUGCUUGCUUGUGGAGUAAAAUGUGUUUGUUUACAAAGUAUAAUCUAAUUCAAACUGAAAGAGGUUCUAAUAAACGGUUUCCUCAGA